AUGGCUUGUUCUAGGAAUGAUGCCAGUACUGCCAUUAAAUUUUUGAAAAGGAAAAUUUUUGCUCGGUUUGUCGUUCCUAGAGUUCUUAUCAAUGAUGAGGGAUCUCAUUUUUGCAAUACUCAGCUAGCAAAAGUACUCAGGCAUUAUGGUGUGAGACAUAAAGUGGUUGCACCUUAUCAUUCGCAAACAAAUGGGCAAGCUAAGGUGUAUAAUAGGGAGAUAAAGAAGAUUUUGGAGAAGACAGUUGCUUCAUCAAGGAAGGAUUUGUCUCAUAAGUUAGAUGAUGCAAUCUGGGCAUACACGACUGCAAUGAAGACUGCUAUAGGACUAUCUCCUUUUCAGUUAGUCUAUGGAAAAACAUGUCAUUUGCCAGUGGAGAUGGAGUAUAGAGCUUUAUGGGCAAUAAAACUCUUGAACUUUGAUCCUUUUGACACUGCUAACAGAAGAAGAAGGCAAAUUCUUGAGCUUGAAGAGAUGUAUUUGCAUGCUUAUGAUUCUUCCAAGAAUUACAAAGAAAAGAUUUUCCCUAGAAAAUUGAAGUCUAAGUGGUCUGGGACGUUCACAAUAAAGGAUGUCAAACCACAUGGGGAAAUUGAAUUGUUACAUCCUACUUCUGAUGAUCCACAAAGAAGUUGGAUGGUUAAUGGGCAAAGUCUCAAGCAUUAUUUAGGUGGUGAGGUUGAACGCCUUUCCACAGUCUUGGAGUUGGUUGACCCUUGA